GAGAGACUCUUCGUGCACUUCUGCUGAAGCACGGAGACUUCAAAAGCAUGGAGGUUGCGGUCAAGAAAGUGCACCGCAAGGUUUUCGGCAAGCUGGCAAAGGGCGGGUGGUACACCCGUGCAUACCUGAUGGCCCAUUGUCACUGGAAGAUGUGCGAUGCUGCAUGGGCUUGGGCGGCCUCUCACAACCGCCUGAGAACAAAUGCAGUGCAUCAGGAGGAGGAGGCUCAGCUAAUCCUCUCCGAGACGUUCGAGCUGCUUGACGAGACUGGCCAAGAGAUCCAGAUGUCGGGUGAGUUUGAGAUCGCGGCUGCUGGUCUUGAAAGGUUGAUGCCAAUGAUCAUGUUGCACUCUUAA